AUGGCGUUCUCUCUGGUAUCUCCAUCUUCUUCUCCACCCUAUCCUCACGGCCUCACAAUCGCAUUCCCGCCGAGAAAUCUCAUCCUCUGCUCCUUCCCUCACUCUCUCUCUUCCCCUACUUUCUCUCCCAAUUCCCCCUAUGCGUCUUCUCUAUAUGCCCGUGCCAUAUCGUCCCGUUCCUCCUCCUCCUCCUCCGCCUCGCCCGCCACCGUCUUCGUUUCCUCUUGCUAUUUCGCCCCAAGCCACGGCUGUCGAUCUCACUCUAUGGGCAAAUCCAUAGAUGGGUGUUCCAGACGCAGGGUUGCUGCUUCUUUCGGCAUGGGAGGGGAAUUAGAAGGUAGAAGUGGGGAAGAAGGUGAAGAUGAGGAGGACCCACCUGCCGCUGCCCACGACGAUGAUGAAGAGGAUGAGGAAGAAGUGGAGGAAAUGGGAGGGAUAAGUCCAACUUCUGUUCUCCCUGAGAAAUGGGAUGUUCUGGGUCUUGGCCAGGCCAUGGUUGACUUCUCUGGCAUAGUGGAUGAUGAUUUUUUGGAUAGAUUGGGAUUGGAGAAAGGAACCAGGAAGGUUGUCGAUCAUGAGGAGAGGGGUAGGGUUUUGCAGGCUAUGGACGGUUGCAGCUACAAAGCAGCUGCUGGCGGAUCUCUAUCUAAUAGUCUUGUGGCGUUAGCGAGGCUUGGCUGUAAGCCAAUUGGAGGUCCUCCUUUGAACAUAGCUAUGGCGGGCAGUAUAGGGAGCGAUCCACUGGGUGGCUUCUACAGAUCAAAAUUGCGUCGGGCAAAUGUGAAUUUUCUUUCUGAACCUGUCAAAGAUGGCACUACAGGCACUGUUAUAGUUCUUACAACUCCAGAUGCUCAACGAACUAUGCUUGCAUACCAGGGUACAUCGGCAAAAGUAGACUAUGAUCAAAGCUUGGCCAGUAUAGUUUCGAAGACGAGUAUCUUGGUAGUGGAAGGUUAUUUGUUUGAAUUUCCUGAUACCAUCCAAACAAUUAGAAAGGCAUGUGAAGAAGCACGCAAGAGUGGUGCACUAGUUGCAGUUACAGCAUCAGAUGUAUCUUGCAUCGAGAGACACUAUGAUGAUUUUUGGGAAAUCGUGGGGAACUGUGCUGACGUCCUCUUUGCCAACGGUGACGAAGCAAGGUCCCUCUGCGAUUUUGACAACAAAGAAAGCACCAUUGCUGCCACGAGAUACCUUAGCCAUUUCGUCCCUCUAGUUUCAGUCACAGACGGGCCAAGAGGGUCUUACAUUGGCGUCAAAGGAGAAGCUGUGUUCAUCCCACCUUCCCAAUGCGUGCCUCUGGACACCUGUGGUGCUGGGGAUGCAUAUGCUUCCGGAAUCUUAUAUGGGAUCCUACGAGGCGUAUCGGAUCUAAAAGGGAUGGGUACUUUAGCGGCCAAAGUGGCGGCCACAGUAGUCUCACAGCAAGGCACCAGGCUUAGAGUUCAUGAUGCAGUUAAGCUAGCAGAGUCGUUUGCUUUCCAUUUGGAGUCGUCCAAUGUUGGAUCGGAUGUGAGCAACAACGACCACAUCUCUUUGUAA